AUGUUUACACAAUCGGAGGAAAGUUGUCAAUACGUUUAUAAACAUAAAGAAAGUGAUCCAAGUCUAGAUUUUAUACGAGCCUCACAGAGAACACAGUACCCGGAAGACAGCGAAUAUGAAUUUAUUUUAAGAGUGAACAAAGCAUUUGAAUCAGCCUCCAAUAAACCGCCCACGAGCAAAAAGAU